CGUGACGACGAGAGUGAUUAUUGCGAGAAACGACGAUGUGAAGGAAGAGCCGCGACAAAGCCUCGACGCCCGAUUUUUGCUACUCCAGAUUUGCCUCUGCUCGCCGUUGCCGUUCGUCAUCGAAGUCUUGGCCAAUCACAGCAUCCGCGUUUGCACCCAUCGACGUCGAAGCUCGAAUUCGCUGCACCCGACCUCACCGCAAUCGCCAACACGACCCUCACUCCCUUGCAGCGCCCACGAUGGCCAGCACGAAGCCAUUGACGAUGCUGGCAUGCGGCCACUCAGCCGCGACGCUCCUCAGGUCGUCGCAAUUCGCAGCCGGACGCCUCCCCUCGCCCGCCACCGUCGCCUUCUUCUCGACGACCAUUCCUCGCGCCGCCACCCCUGCGGGACCACCACCCCCGGGCUUCCGGUUACCGCCGCCGAAGAAAUGGGACGAGGGCGAGGGCGCGCUGGACCGCGCGGGCAAGUACUUCUUGCUCAUCGAGAUGUUUCGCGGCAUGUACGUGUCGAUGGAGCAGUAUUUCCGGCCACCAUACACAAUCAUGUAUCCAUUUGAAAAGGGUCCCAUUUCACCCCGCUUCCGAGGCGAGCACGCUCUGAGGCGCUACCCCACGGGCGAGGAGCGCUGCAUUGCUUGCAAGCUCUGCGAAGCUAUCUGCCCUGCCCAGGCUAUCACAAUCGAGGCCGAGGAGCGUAUGGACGGCAGCAGGAGGACCACACGCUACGAUAUUGAUAUGACAAAGUGCAUCUACUGCGGUCUCUGCCAGGAGAGCUGCCCCGUCGAUGCCAUUGUGGAGGGACCAAAUGCCGAGUACGCAACCGAGUCACGCGAGGAGCUUCUGUACAACAAGGAGAAGCUGCUAGCAAACGGAGACAAGUGGGAGCCCGAGAUUGCCGCAGCCGCUCGCGCAGACGCGCCAUACAGAUAACGGAUGGUAGAAGGGUGCUCAAAGAUCUGUAUAUAUCAGGAAGAAUCGUCAUCAUCUUCUGUUCAACAACCCAAAUUUCCUUUUUUUUGUCAAUUGUACAAGAAUACAAAACAUUGCACUUCUGCAAUAUCUUCGUGUUACGUGGAUGGAGAAAGCCUAAAAAUAUG